AUGUCUUUUCUCACGGUAGAAAUCCUGGAGACGCGCAAGGGCAUGUGGGCCACGGUGUCUGCCCGUCGGCAUACAGUCCACAAAGUCUUCCCGUUCGGCAAGGAUUCAAAUGAAUUCAUGCUGCAUGGCGUCGUCAAUUACACAUUCAAGACAGGCGGACAGGGCACCGCGGACUGGGCAGGGAAAGCCGUCCUGGAGGAGCAAGACGGCGUCUGGCGCUUCAAGUUCUACCAGGUCUAUCUCGUGAGUAUCAUGGCUAUACUCGCAAUGCGCGUUAUGGAGGCUGAUGGAGCUGCUAUGCCACUAGGAUACCGGGAGUCAGAAGUAACUAUCAAGCCGCAUAUAGUAUGA